AUGGAUACCAGGUCUAACGAAAAACCCCAAGCUGAUCCAGCAGCGUCCAUCGCUAAUGGUGAAGCCACACAGGCGAGACAAGCUGUUCCAGUGACAGUGCGUCAGACCGAAACCCCGGCCCGUCCGCAACCCAGUUCAUCUGGGGAGCAGACCGGCCCAAACCCCUUCCAGGACUGGCAGGUAGUGGACCGAAGGUCCAAGAAGCGACCCCCUGCUGGGAAGCCUCACCCUGCCAGACCUGUGAAUUCUUCUUCCUCUAACCCACCCCCCCCUGUUAAAUGUCAAGGUGGGGUGGCUAAGAAGAAGAAGAAAAACAAGAACCAGAGGCGUGCAGCUCGUCUAGCGCGAGAGCAGCAACUGGACAACACACCAACACCGACACACUCUGCAACCGGUGUGGGUGUGCAGGCUUCCCAGAAGCCGGCACCCAAACCGGCGCCGAACAAGCAGGUUGCUGCUGCCAGGCCUCCGCCGAAGGGAAAAGGUUCCACCCUACCCCCUAAGGCUGGAACGUCGGGCGACAGCCCUACGGGUUCGGCCGCAGAUCCCUCCAAACGACGACCUGGUAAGCUCGCACGAGCCGCUGCUAAAAGGAUGCGAGAUGAGUCCUUCUCCCCGCAAGGAGACAACAAAAAGCAGCGACUAGUGAGCCCAAGCCAACCGUUGUCGUACGCACAAGCAGCGGCAUCUGACCUGACGAUCGUCAUUACUGACGCGAAGUCGGGGAAGAUCACCGCUGACCACUCCAACGCCAUCCUCCGCGGGUUGCACCAAGCAAUCGUGGAGGAGGCGAGGAGAAACCUCGUAGGAGCCAGGCCACCCAAAUUCAAGGGCAAGCCCAUCUUCGCUGAGGGGCAGCUGAGGGUCUUCGCAGAAGACGAAUACUCGGCCGCCUGGUCUCAGCGAUGUGUCCAGGCCCUAACCCUGCCAGACAUCUCCCUUAAGGCGGUUCGCCAGUCGGAGAUGGCAAGGAGAAUUAAGUGCGGGCUCCUAAUACCCAACAUUAAUAACUCGUCCUGGGAAGACGUCCGUCAGGCAGCUGACGGACUAAGGUACCAGAACGAAUGGGCCAAGGUCGGGUCUUGGUCCAUUAUACAAAUACUACGGCAAGACCAGGGGUGGUUUGUCGAGUUCACAAUCCCCGAAGACCUCGUCCCCGCCUUCAUGGAGAGGGGGAGAUCCCUGAACUGUGGGGUGGGCAAUGUCUACCUCAGGUUCAGGGGUCCCGGAGGCAAAUACCUGGACCAGCCUCCCACCCUGCAAGGUUCCACCCUAAGGGUAACGGGAGUACAGGUCCCCAACGAACAGGCCGCGGGCACCUCCGAGCAGAGCAAGUCUGUCUCCGGGGAGAAAGUUGCCCCCCUGCCUCUACCCAAGCCGACGAUACCCGAACUCUCGGAGGAUGAGCUCCUUGGCACUGGUGAGGGACCAGCCGGGUCAUCAUCCGAGGGUGAGGACUUGUCGAUGCCGCCCCCACCACCGACAACAUGGACACCAACUAGUGUCAUCCAAGCAAACCUCCAGCACAGCGUGGCCGCUACGGCCCAACUCAGACGCUGCCUGGUAGGUUUGCCAACAGCCGUUGCCCUCCUACAAGAACCAUGGGCGGGCAAUGGAUACAUACGCGGGCUGUCCGACACGAAAGGCUGUCGCGACCUAGUCCUCGCCUCGGCGUACAUGCCCGGAGAGGACGAGCCACCGCCUGCCGAACUACAACGACUGGUCAGCCACUGCGAGAGAUCAGGCCUCGCAAUAAUCAUCGGGGCCGACUCCAACGCACACCACCCACUGUGGGGAAUGGAGACCAGCAACAACAGAGGUAAGACACUUGUUGAAUAUCUUGUGACUACUAAUCUAAACAUUCUAAAUAUAGGCGCUGAACCAACAUUUGUAAACAAACGAUGCAGGACGAUUAUCGACCUGACUCUGGCUUCGGAGGAGGUCAGUGAACUAAUUAUGGGAUGGCAAGUCUCCCAGGAGGCCUCCUGCUCAGACCAUAGAUGGAUUCGCUUCAAUCUACUAGCAUCUAGAGACACACCAACCGCCCGGAGGAAUCCCAGGAAAACGGACCGAGCCACUUUUAGGAAGGUCCUAGGGGAAAGCCUUGACCGGCUUCCACCGAGGGAUGACCUUCGGGAACCGGCUCAGAUAGAACAGCAGGUAAAUAUCUUAACUGAUACCCUCGUAGACAGCUACCACAAGGCGUGCCCCUUAAAACCACCGGCAAAGACUGCCAUAAAGGGUCACCAGUGGUGGGGCCCAGAACUGGAGAGACUCCGGGGGAAAACCAGAAGACUCUUCAACAGGGCCAUGAACACAACGGCUGAGGUGGACUGGGAUAACUACUACGAAGCCAAGGCCAGGUACAAAAAGAGAUUGCGGUACUGGAGAUCCCUGUCAUGGAGGAACUUCUGCAGCAGCAUUGAAACACUUGACCACGCCAACCGGGUAAGGAAAACCUUAGCGCACAAGCCCACAUCACAAUUGGGCUCACUGCGUAAACCCGAUGGCACAUACACAUCUAGCCCUGCAGAGACCCAACGCCUUCUCCUGGUAACUCACUUUCCAGGAUGCGUAAGUCUCGCCGAUGCAGAUCAGCAGGACGAGGAAUACAGUACAACGGACAACAACUGGCAAAUGGCGCACAGAGUCGUCACCGCUGAGAAACUCAGGUGGGCCAUAGACAGCUUCCAUCCCUUCAAGGCGGCUGGUCCGGAUGGGAUCUUCCCCGCUCUCCUACAGUGGGGUCUAGGACUCAUCCAGGAAACCCUGACCGACAUCAUGGCAGCCUGCCUAGCCUGGGGGUACGUGCCCAGGAGAUGGAGAGAUGUAAAUGUGGUAUUCAUACCUAAACCAGGUAAGAACGACUACACAGCUGCCAAAUCCUUUAGGCCCAUCAGUCUCACAUCAUUCCUGCUGAAGACCUUGGAAAAACUGUGCGACAGGGACCUGAGGGACCGAGCGCUAAAGAACAUACCGAUGCACAACAACCAGCACGCGUACAGCUCAGGUAAAUCUACGGAGUCGGCUCUACACAUGGUUGUAAGCCGCAUUGAGAGGGCCAUCCACGGCAAAGAAAUGUGCCUCGGCACUUUCAUUGACAUAGAGGGCGCUUUUGACAAGACUCACUUUUCCAGUAUAGGGAACGCCUUGGAAAGCCACGGCGCUGAACCCGGACUAGUAAAGUGGAUCAUGAACAUGCUAAAUCAAAGGACAAUAAGGUAUGUAGGUGAACCGCAGGCCGUAGCGGCGGUGCGAGGAUGCCCUCAAGGGGGAGUUCUGUCACCUCUGUUGUGGAACCUAGUAGUCAACAACCUCAUAACCAAACUGAACGAGGAACACUUCUACACAAUAGGCUACGCUGAUGAUCUGGCAAUAUUAAUAUCGGGUAAAUUUGCCAGUACAGUAUGCGACCUCACCCAGGCAGCUCUUCGGAUCGUAGAACGCUGGUGUAGAGAUUUUGACCUAUCAGUUAACCCCACCAAAACAGAAAUGGUAAUGUUCACCAAUAAAAGGGCACUUGGCAACUUUACCAGACCAACACUUUUCCAGACUGAGCUACAGCUGACCGAUGAAGUUAAGUACUUAGGGCUAACGCUCGACAGUAAACUCAACUGGAACAAUCACAUCAACAAACGCAUAGACAAGGCGGGAGUAGUCUUCUGGCAGUGCAGAAGGAUGAUUGGUAGGAGGUGGGGACUCAACCCGAAAAUUACCCUUUGGCUCUAUAAGACUAUAAUCCGCCCCCUACUCUGUUACGGUGCUCUGGUUUGGUGGCCAAGAACAAACCUAGGCAACGUACGAGACAAGCUACAAAGACUCCAGAGGCUCGCAUGCUCGGCCACCACUGGCUGCACGAGGUCCACUCCGACUGCAGCCAUGGAGGUCAUGCUAAACCUUUCACCGCUGCACCUACACAUACAACAAGAGGCCAGUCUCUCAGCGGUAAGGUUACGAACCCUCAAUAUAUGGUCUAACACCACAGGAGCUCUUCACACAGCAUGCCUGGAAAAAGUAUACAGCGAAUUUCCAGUGCUCAUGGCGGGCACGGAUCGAAUUCACAAACAAGCCAUCUUUGACAAAAGGUACAAAAUACAAUUAUUUGAGGACGACAACUACGAAGGACUCAAUCCCCGGGAGCUGAGAAUCUUCACUGAUGGGUCCAAAACAGACAGCGGAUCAGGCUCUGGAACCUUUUUAGAAGACCUGAACAUGUCAAUCACCACUCCGCUAGGAGCCCAUAACUCGGUAUUCCAGGCUGAGUGCAUGGGCAUCAUUAACGCGGCGGCUGCCAUCACUGCAAGGAAGGUAGUAGGAUCCUCCAUCCGCAUACUCUCCGACAGUAGAGCAGUCUUAAUGGCCCUAAAAAGCCAUAUAGUCACAUCCAAACUUAUACACGAAUGCCACGAACGACUAAUGGAGGUAUGUCAGAACAAUAAGAUCACCUUACAAUGGAUCAAAGGACACAGUGGAUCCCGAGGUAACGACGCCGCGGACGAGCUCGCCAGACAAGGAUCGGGUGCGGGGGCGAUUGGCCCGGAACCGAUCCUCCCGAUACCGUUUAGUAAGGUACGCUCAAUGCUGCUGGCACGUACAGGGAAACUACACACAGAACACUGGCUAAACCAAACUGGAUGCAGACAGGCCAAGCAAGCCAUGCCGAGCAUGAACGGUAAGCUCACAAGGGCGCUCCUUCAACUAGGAAAGGUUCGACUGAGUAUGGUAACCAGUGUCAUAACAGGUCAUGGACUUUUUAACAAACAUCUUUUUAUAACAGGUGUCACAGACAGUCCCCUAUGCCGUGGAUGCAUGGAGGAAGAAGAAACAGCCUCUCACGUGGUGUUGGAAUGCAGCGGAUUGGCCCCAUACAGGGCAAAACAUCUCGGAUCCCCGAGUGACCUCCCCGAGGUCCUACUCAACAUCAAAGAUCUGAUAGGAUUCCUCGAGGAGCUGGGCUGGCAAGACUAGUCCACCCCCUAUCAC